AUGGUCCUCACGCACUCGACGAACCACACCUACUCCCACCCCUUCCCGACUGUGACCCUAGCCUACUUCCUCCGCUACUCCUCGCCCAAACUCAACCCCUUCUCCACCCAUGUGCUCAGCACCGAUACCAUCGACAGCCACCUCGACCCGGCGACGGGCAGGCUGCACACGACCCGUAUCCAUUUGAAGAAGUCGCGUAUGCCAGCCCCGGUCUUCAAGCUCCUUCCCGCUUCCAUCACCGGUGGUGGCUCUGCUGAAAAGGCGAGCUACAUCCUGGAGACUUCGAUUGUUGACAUGCGUGAGGGCUGGAUGCGCACCGAAAGCCGCAACCUCAACUUCAUGAAUGUGCUUUCUGUUGUUGAGAAGCAAGACUUCCGCUUGCCCGCCGGCGCUCCCGUCGACGCAGCUACCGACGUUACAACCACUGUCAUCUACAGGUCGCGCCUCGGCGAGAGACUUCGCGGCGGCAAGAAGGACCAGCUGCCCCAGGCAGCUAGUGUUGCAGAGCAGCCGGAGCAGAAGGAAGGCCGUUGGCUGUCCGGCUGGAUGACCGGACUUGGCGCCCGUGGCAUCCAGCGAAGCAUCGAGAACCUGGCCUCCAGCAAGACGCAGGACCAGAUGGGCAAGAGCCGUGAGGGCAUGCGCGUUGUGCUCGAGAGGCUCCGCAAGAACGGCGUCGUUGGCGUGCUGGAGAUGAUGAGACGUGAACGCCAGCUUGCUUGA